GCAAGAUGGCUGCCAAUUUAUGUGAAUGCAAGGACAAGUAGUUUAGUGAUAUUUUCAACUAGUGUGAUAAUACACUACAAAUGUGAUUUUAGCGUUAUAAAUAUAUUAUUAAUAUAGUGUUAGCGCUCAGUUAAUGUUUUUGUGCAAUUUUUUAUAAGUUAUAUUUGUUAAAUCGUGUGUGCAAUAUUGCGUUGGAUUUGUGGCAUUUAUAAUGUUCUGUGUUGAUUCGUGAUUAUUUAUGCAGUGACAGCCCUUUUGGACUGAUAUGAUGCUUAUUAUUGGAUGAUACAGGGAGUUCCACCACCGAGGAUGGAGAAGGCGAAGGCGUAUAUAAAGAGCUCGCUAAGCGCGUCGCGGCCGGCGUCUCCGCGCGAGAAGCCCGCGGCGCCCGCCGAGGACGCCCGCGUGUGCUUCGUGUGCGGCGGCGCCGGCUUUAACGACCAGUACACCGUCAGAGUGAAGCCCGAACCUCAGAGUACCGAGCCAUACUUCCCAUUCCUCGGCGCCCACGCGCCCCCGACCGGCUACCGGAGCGAGAGUACGGACGAGGAGGGCACCGUGCGCUGCUGCUGCGUCUGCUACACCUUCCUGCGCCAGCAGUGGGAGCAGUACGACCGGGAGAACAAGCCCCACAGCCAGCGCUUCUACUGGAUGAAGAGGCUCGACGGGAAACCGUUCAUCGGCGCGGACAUGUCCUUCCAGGGCGAGUACGCGGCGUCCGUGCUAGGGCUGGGCGGGGACGCAGCUCGCGAUGAACCGGCGGCGUCCCCGCGGCCCGCGUCUCGGGCGCUCUACCCUCCUGAUGCCCCCGCGCCUCCGCCCGUACCCGCGCAUCGUUCGGACAACGCGGACCCCAAGUUUAACAACAACCAACGGUUCCCCGGCAACAACGCGACGACGAACGGCACGACGGAGGAGGAAGGCGUGCUGGACCUGCGCGCGCGGGACCCGUCCGUCAUCUCCGUCGGCUCGCAGCACUCUGGCGCCUCCGAGACCGCGGGCUACCUCGACGCCGUGAGAUCAACCGUGUCCGUGUACUCGGGCAACUCCAACUCGAGCUCCGACCGCGACAUCCUCGACCUGUCGAUGCCGGACAAGAACUCCAUGACGGAGGUGUGCUACGUGUGCGGCGACGAGUACAAGCGCGGGACGCUCUGCAACCUGCACACUAAGGAGCCGAAGGACAAAAAUAACAAGCAGCCGUACUUCCCGAUCUUCGGCGAGCAGCACCCGCGGCCGCCGCGAUCUCGGCCCAAGGACGCGCUCGGCACCGUGCGCGCCUGCGCGGCCUGCCACCACCACCUGCUGCAGCAGUGGAGCGGCUACCAGAUGCGCGGCGUCGCGGCGAACGAGCGAGUGUACACGCUCCGCACGCGGCCCCCCUCCCUCCUCCCCCCCUCCCCCCUCAGCCUCGCCAGCUCGGGCGACAAGUCGCUCGCCGCCAACACGCACUCGCCGUCGCUCGAGCGCCCCGCCAGCCAGCCCGCCACCACUGCCUCCUUCGUGUGCUACGUGUGCGGAGUCUCCGCCCCCUCCUCGCAGCUCAGGCUGGUGUACUGCUGUGCGAAUCCGGAACGGGAGCCGUAUUACCCGUUCAUUACGUCGCUCAAGCCGCAUCCUGAAGCCAGCCCUAUUAGUCCACAGGGUAUGGUGCAAAUCUGCGCGUCGUGUUACAAAAGCAUACCCCACAAAUACCCCUCGUACGGCGAGCCGGAGCCGCUCGCCAACGCCAACCACGCGCACAAUAACAACAAUGCGCACGCCAACAACAUUAGGUUUAAGCCAUACGACAUGAAAUCGUCAAGCGCGACGAAGCGGCCUGCCGCGAUGCCGCCGUCACCACACAGCCAACUGGUCGCCGGCGAGAAUGGCAUGGGGCUAUAUAGAUGUUACGUGUGCUGCGGGCUGUUCCCGCAACAGUCGAUGGAGUGGCUGUCGACGACGGCGGAGUACAUGAACUCGCACGCGAUGCACUUCCCGUGCCUGGCGAGCUCGGGCGCGGGGGCGGUGGCGCGCGGCGGCCGCGUGCUGGCGUGCGCGCGCUGCGUGCGGCACCUCGCGCGCCAGUGGGAGCUCAUGGACGCCGAGCGCGUGCCGCUCGAGCACCGCAGGUACAACAUCCCGUCGCCGAUGCCGAGCAACUCGUCGUUGAACGGCGAGCGAGUCAUCCCCACCCCACCUUCUACUACCUCCGACAGAACCGUCGCUAGUAAUACGUGUACGUCGAUAUAUUGUUUUCUAUGCGGGCUGCACUCGGACUUCACGCUGGCGCGGAUACUGUACGGGCAGCCGCAAGGCAACGCACCCUACUUCCCCUGUCUCCUCACCCACCAGAGUCUACCUAAUGCAGAACAAUUGCGAGAAAACGGGUCGGCGCUAGUAUGCACAUUCUGUUAUCACUCGCUACUUAGUCAAUGGAGGAGAUACGAGGCGCUAGGCGGCGUGGGCGCGGAUCGGCGCGUGUACAACACGCACGACUACCACUGCCACCUGUGCGGCAUCAAGACGUACCGGAAACGCGUACGCGCGUUACCUAUUAAGGAAUUCCCAUUUCUAAUGCAGAGGCGGACUGAAAAUUCUUUAUUAUUAGAAAACGGCGACUAUGCCGUUGUAUGUUUAGACUGUUAUGAAAGUUUAAGAACACAAGCGCAAGACUACGAGCGGCGGGGCGUGCCUGUGGACAAGCGCGAGUACAACUGGCUCCAGCAGCCGCCGCCGCCCGAGGACAGCGCUGACGUCACCAUCGCGAGGCUGCCCUCUGGCGACCGCUCCGACAAGCUGAUGUCCCAUCAGUCGCUGGUGGUGUCUCGCGGCGCCAAGCGGAACAGCCCUAAGCAACCCGCGCCGCUGCCCGACCGGCGGCCGCCGCCCAAACCCGACAAGGAUCAAGGUGGCAGCGCGAACAAAAUAGCGAAACGUACGGAGCUAGCGCCCAACAAGGGCGGGCCGUUCGCGGCCGCGCUCCGCACGCUCGCCAAGAACGCCGGGCCCGACUCCAAGGACGGCUCGGCCGAGCGCGAGAAGGACAAGCCGCCGCCCGCGGCGCCCGCCAAGCGCGCCUCCCCCCACCACCUCCCCUCCAGCGGGUUCCAGCCCUACAGGCCUGAUGACCGGCUGGCGCACCCGGCGGCGGCGUCGUUCCCGCUGCUGGAGCCUGCGGCGUACGCGCCGUACGCGCACCCCGGCCUGUACUCCAGCGCCGCGCUUCAGUAUAGGCUAGCAGCAGAAGAGCAAAUGUACCUGGAGCGGGUGUUCCGCGGCGGCGUGGGCGUGGGCUGGCUCCCGCCGUACGCGCUGUACCCGCCCAUCGCGCCGCACCUGCCGCUCGUGCCGCCCGCGCCGCACGCCGCGCACGCCGCGCACGCGCAGCACGCGCCGCACGCGCCGCCCGCGCACCACCUGCACGACGAGCGGGAGCGGGAGCGGGACCUGCAGAUACAGCGGGAAAGGGAAAGAGAACGGGAACGAGAAAGAGAGCGCGAGCAACGCGAAAAAGAGCAAAGAGAGCGCGAGCGACAACGGGAGAAGGAAAGCCGAGCGAGAGAGGCGCUGCGGGACGAGCAGAGACUGGCCGCGUUACACCCCCAUCUACUCCCGCCGCCGGUGUACUCGCUGCCGCGCGCGCUGCUGCCGCCGCCGCUGCUCUACCGGCCGUACCGGCCCUACCCCGGGCCGUACGAGCCGCGGCCGCCCGAGCCCGAGCCUGCCCCCCCCGCCCCCCCCAAGCCCGAGGACAAAGGUAGACCGAGCCACCCCGUCGUGACGCCCCCGCCCGACCCCGCGCACAUACCCCCUGAGCCACCUCCUAAACCAACAGAACCCUUCAAAAAAGACGACAUUUUUUUAGAAAAACCCUUCCUUCCAUCGAAGCCUAUCUCUCAUUCGCCAAAAAUAUCCCCAUCAUCAAUUCCGAACCCUAGUCCGAGCGUAACCACGAACAAACAAGUGGAGCCGGGGUACCCUAGCUACGGAGGGUACCUGUAUUCCAUCCCGGGUUAUUCUGCUUUCCAACCCGUCUCCUACCAGGGUAUCAUGCCGCCAAACCAGCACGCGCCUCAAGCCCCGACCGACUUUUCCUUUCCACCAACGACUAAAGAACCUGUUGAGGAAAAGAGCGAAGCAAAACCGGAUGAACCAGCAAAAGUUGCCACUCCCAAGGAACAAGAUUUUGAAGAACAUUUCACACCUGAAAUUAUACCGGCUGCUUCCAUCUCUGAUCCCAAACCUCAAUCAGCUGAAUCUAAAAUGAGCAUUACUUCCCUAUCGCAGGGAUCUGGUGCAACGGUAACCAUUCCUUCGCACGCGAACACCAAGGAUCCAAAAAAGAAGACUCCAGAAAGAUUCAGUCUAAAAACUAGCAUACCUAUCAGUAAAAUUGACAUGAAAUGCGUUAGCAAUCCCCCAGACGCGAUAUACCAAAAUGCUAUUAGUAAAAAAAUUCAAACACCAUUCAAUCCAGCUUUUCAAAAUCCAAAAGAUAGACUUGAAAUACAGAGUAAUAUAGUAAUAAAGAAUGCACAGAACGAACCUGAGGUAAAACCAGAAGUAACAAAGCCUACCAGCAGUACACCGCACACGGCAGUCACGACUUGUAGCAAUAAUAUCAGUGCCCUGUUAAACGCGGCAGAGACAAUAAACAAAACAGAUAAUCAGUUUUGGAAACCAGAGGCGAAACCAGGCUCACCGACUGAAGGAAAAGAGCUCCCAACAUUUACACCACAAGUGCCAGUGACUGCAACAAAAACUAUCUAUAACCCAGUCACUACCGAAGCUAAUAAGCUAAAUUAUACAAAUAAACCACCUGACAUCCCGUACGGAGAGCAGAAAAACCAAAUUCUAUUUAUUCAAAACAAAAACACAUCCAAUCCCAAAAUGCUACUGACGAUCCAGCAACAAAACCCGCAGGUUUUACUACAAAGAAGUAACUUCGAGUCAAAAAACCUGCAAGCUCCUUCACGACUGUCUGGCCAAAUAAAGAAAAGUAAAGAAGAACACAUGAACGAGAACGGAACCUCGUCGAAGGUAGUGGCCCUAAAGAGGUUGCACCAAGAGAACUGCGACGAGAACGAUUUCGAGAAUUUGAUCACAGAGAACCAGAUAUAUGGAAAUAAGAUAGUCGUGAAGGAGAAGUCGGGAACACUUCAAGAACAAGACUUGAAAAAGAACAAAGACAAACAGACGCAAGAAACGAAGAAUGUUGUGUUACAGCCAAAUUUUUUAUACUUAAGUAACGUACAAUUUCCUGCCAAUUUAAUGAUGAUUAAAAAUAAUAAAAUCGGUCAAACAGCAGAUGCCAAACCAAACAAAACCACAGCCAAUGAGAAUAAAACAAAUGAUGCUAAUAAUGCCAGUACUGAAACAAAUAAUAUCAAAAGCCUGAAAACUCAAAAUGUGACAACUAGCAAAGAAAUCCAUGUACUUAAAUCAAGUAACAAUGUUUUACAAACGUUAGCAAAUAAAACGAAUAAAACAGAUAUAGUUUUUCAAACAUCCAAUCAAAAAGUUAUAAUGAAUCCGCAAAUAGUAUAUCAAGUGCCAAUGAUUGUGGACCCUGAUAACAAAAUAAACCAACCAUUCAUGAACAGGGAAUAUCCUAAAUUUGUCACACAAAAUAAGAAAGAAUUUCCUAAGCCGCUCGACACAAGCAAGUCAGAUAAGUUAUUUAUUGCAUGUCCAUACCAGAUGGAUUCUAAAUUACAACCAAAAAUAGUAAUCACAAAUAUUAGACCCAAAAUUACAAAAGUGGAAGAAGUUAGCUCUUUAGACAUGUACGAGAAGAGAAGACGCAUACGCCGACUCAAAUACCUAUCCAACCGUGAGACCAAAGAAACACCGAAGCCUGAAAUCAAAAAGAUCCCAGAGAAAGCAGACAGUCUUAGAAAUAUCAUAACUCCUGAUAAAAUGAAAGGAGAAAUUUACAAGGAAUUUGCAAAUACCAAAAUUAGGAUAGAAGAAGACAGCAGUGACAGUGACAGCGAUUACGGAGAAAACGAACUUAAAGAAUAUAAUGCCAUAAUUGAUGAGUUUAGCAAACCAAACGAAGUUGAGACUGAAAAGAUUGAAUUUUUGGCCAAUUUUCGACUGGCGACUCAAGAUGCUUUUAAAGAAAAGCAACUAGAUCGGGAAGAGCGGAGCUUGAGUAGAGACGCGGUAGCUUCAGCCUACAUCACGGCGGGCCGCCUGGACCGGCUGUGUAAAGAGGAGCCUUUGGAGCCUCCAGCACUGGAUGCGGACGUGGCAGCGCCGCCCCGGGGCCCGGAGGAACAACACCCCGCGCAGAAACAGGUGUUCCUCACGCAGCUGCAGCUGAAACAAGUGCCUCCGAAGUAUAAAGAUGGGUAUGAAAAGGCGUGGCAAGUUAUAUUGCAAGAAAGAAAACGCAGAAACGGAACAAUCCAAGAAGACACCGCAAAGAAGCCCCGCCCCCAUAACGAAAUAGACCUGGACCCGGACGGGCAGCUUCAGCUCUUAACUGAGAUCAAGAAAUGCGUCAACGAGAACAACAAUCUCAUCAAAAAGCGAUUAGACUCCUCUUGUGAUGGCGGAGAAGGCGACAUCCACGCGUUAGCAGAAAAGAACUUCUCCGAGCUAGACAGGCUUUCCAAAAUGGCCGACAGAAGCGUGAAGCUAUACAGCGGCGUGGACGCUCGAAAGCGAGACCUAAACCCUGGCUUCGACAGUGAGAACAUCCAAAAACCUAUAAAAGUUGAACAGCCGUACUUAAAUUAUCCUAAGAUUAAUAUACCUAAUAUAUCUAAGAUAAUAUCGCUGAAGAGUGUGCAAGAGUCGGCAGCUGGGACGUCGAGUCCGGCGACUUCUAUGGAUGAACCGCUGAGCUCGGCCGCGGGUGUUGGCUUGGAGAGCGAGCGGCGCGAGGCCGCCUGUCAGGCCGAGGAACCCGCUUGGCCUGGCGUUGAAACUCUCAUUAAGAAUUAUAAGGAGUUUGAAGCUGCUCGCAAGAAAGAAAUCUCAACGCUUCACCGCCGCAACACACGCCUACGGGUAGAGUGCGCGCAGACGACGCGCGCAGCGGCCGCCGAGGCCGAGCGUGCGCGCGCACUCUUAGCCGAGCGGCGGCAGUUAGCGCGCGAGGAGGCCGCCGCGCGCGCAGCGCUUACGAAGCUCGCGCAGGCUGUCGAUGCGAUUAGGAACUACUGCUGACUUUAGUCUGACAACGCUGCCAUUACCCUAC